AUGCAGAUGACUACUGCGGGUAGGCAUCACACCGAUGUCAGCAAAGUAAGGCAGCUUAACGUGUAUCUGGUAAGCUAUUUUAAUGAUUGGGAGGCUUUUGCCAAAGACCUGUCAUGGGAUAUUUUUUACGUGCAGCAUGCAAAUAGCAAGCCAAUAGGCACGUGGCAGAGGUGCAACAUCUCAGUAACUCUGUCCACCAACAAAAACAAGGAGAUUAUAGAGUUGUGUGAAAGGGUGCGUGAGUACGAGGUGACAGUAUCGACUGAAAAUUGUGCAGAUGUCGAAAAUGUUUUAACAGAGCAACAAUUGGAGGAUACGAUAGAAAUUUGGUGCAUUUGGAAGGAGCGUAGCGGAUUGUUUUUCUGGUGA